CGAAAGUUUAUCGUGGCAGCUCUAAGCGUAAACAUCUGAAAUCUUUAUUGCAAAUCGUAUUAACGCCUGCUAAAUUGCUCGUUAAAUAGAUGGGAAAUUUUGACGACAACAAACAUACAAUGACUGCACCAUAUAAGCUAAAGAGAUUGAGUGUUAGAGUUAAUCGUUUAUCGUUAGUGGCAAGAGUUGAUCCGGAGAUACGCGACCAAGUAAUAUUUAGACGAUGUACUGUACGCUUACAGCGAUAUAGUCCCGACGAACUAAGAUAUCUGGCUUCAACUUGCGAAAACGGCCCAACUAGCGUUGCUGACGAGAAUUUUAGUGGCCACAAAUUGCGACGUUUGUGUAUACGUUUACCACGUAUGCCGCUGUAUGCGCGCAGUGAUAUAUCAUCUCGUGCAAGUUCCGCAAUUUGCUCAGAAGCCGAGCCAACGGAUUUAGAAGAUGAUGAAACUGUUUACUGAAUAUGGAUGGAGAACUUCUAAUUAAUGAUAACUAUUUUUGACAGAUAAUCAUAAUUUGAACGU